ACAUUUGAGGCGUUGAAGAGAAUUCGUGAAUUGCAGCAGAGACUGAUUCAAGCGCAGGAGAAAGUUGUUGAAAAAGAGAAGGAAAUCAGCAAGAAAGAAUCGGAAUUCAUGUCACUGAAAACCGCGCUGCAGAGGCAACCUGGACCAGAGAUCCAUGACCAGAUACUGCUACUUCAACAAGCGGUGAAGGAUAAGCAAGGUCAGCUGACGGCACUUGAGAGGAGUAUGAAAGAGUUCCGAGAGCAAUGCGAUGAGAACAGCGCUGAGGUGAAGAGACUGGAGAAGCAGAGGAAGGAAAUGAAUGACGAGUUUAUCGAGAAGUGUAAGGACGAUAUGGCCUGA